ACCCCCAAGAAGCCGACUGCUCCACAUAUAAAUAGAGACGGGAGAAUAUUGCUCCAAAACCGGUGGUGAACAAGAAGAUCGAGCUCGCUGCAACCAGGACCAAGUUUAUUCGAGAAGUCAGCUGUGUCCACUCAACACUCUAUCAUGCAGGUGGAGAGGAAAUGGCACAUACUCUUGACUUUCCUCCUUCUGCUCAUCACCUCCGGCCAGUGCGUGGACAACAAGGAGGUCAAGCAGGAGAGAAGAGCCCUGUUGGAUUUAAUCCUACAGGUGAUCAGAUACAGACAGCAAUGGAACAAACACAUUUCCAGGCGUUGCAGUGGGGAAGUCUUCACGUCCCUUCAAGACCUGAGGUUGUCCUCCCGUGAAAAGCCUCUGUACGUUCCCAGGCUGGAUAACAGUAAACUGAUAGAAAUUGUUCCCCGAGAUCUAAACAUGAAACACAAGUUCAUUCAGCACUUCACAGCAGGACCAGUCAAGUUCUCAUCGGAAUGCAGAACACAUUUCGACAGACUUUAUCACAACACAAGAGAUUGCUCAAGACCAGCAUAUUACAAAAGAUGCGCCAGAUUGCUGACACGCUUAGCAAUGAGUCCACUCUGCGCACAAUCCUAGAUAUGGGUCGCCACAGCGAACCAUCUGUUUCCAUCUCACCCGAUCCUGCGAAUCCUAACUAACUUCAUGUCCUCUUUUACUUCAUCCACAAAUCUCCUCUUGACCUCAUGCCGGGUGGUUCCAUCCUCAGCAUCCUUCUAUCAAUACAUUCAUCAUCCCUCCUCUGAACAUGUCCCAACCAACCCAGUCUGGCUUUAUCUCCAAAACACCUAACACGCCCUGUCCCUCUGAUGCACUCGUUCCUGAUCUUAUCCAACCACGUCAUUCCCAAAGAGAACCUCAGCAUCUUCAUCUCCGCCACCUCCAUCUCUGCCUUCUGUCUUUUCCCCAGUGCCACUGUCUUAUCCACUUUUCCUUAAAUGUUUUGCUGUUACUCUUUUAUCACACAUCACCCCUGAUACUUUUCCGUUCCACCCUACUUGGAUGCACUUCUUCACCUCUUUUCCACACUCUCCGUUGCUCUGGGCUUUUGAUCCUAAGUACUUAAAAUAAUUUACCUUCUGGAGCUCUACUCCCUCUAGUCUCACCAUUCCAUUUGGUUCCCUCUCAUGUACACACAUGUAUUCUGUCUUCUUUUGGUUAAUCUUCAUUCCCCUCCUUUUCAGGGCAUACGUCCACCUCUUUAGAUUUCCUUCCACCUGCUCCAUACUUUCACUUACAGAUCACAAUGUUAUCUGCUAACAUCAUGGUCCAUGGAGAUUCCUGUCUCAACUUGAAUGGCAUCUAUUGUUGAACGUAUUUUUUCCUCUUGUAUAAAAUUUAAGAACAUUGCCUAUAUAAUACACCGGGAAAAAAUAUUUUCAAUCAAAGUCAAAGUCAAAGUCAGCUUUAUUGUCAAUCUCUCCACGUCACAACACACAAAGAGACCGAAAUUACGUUAUUCUCUAUCCCACGGUGACGAGACACAUAACACGAUAGACAUACAAGUACGCGACACAAUAUAAAAACAAGAAGGCAAAAAAUUCAAACAAUCAAUAGUAAGAACCUGAGUUGAACUAUUCCACUGCACUCUAGAUUUUUUUGUGUAUCUCAAUCAGAUAGUAUUUUGAUUUAUGAUGAUGAAAAGGCUGAACAUUUUUCUUCUCACUCAUCAGAGUCCUGCAAUUACUGGCAUGUGUCUACCAUUACACAGUUUAAACCUGACAACUAUCAAAACAAACCUAGAAAGAAAAAAAAACUGGAAGUGUUUCUUCUUUUAUUUGUGCCAAAUGUGAAAAUUGCUCAUUUCCACUCAUCCAAAAUCCUGCAUGUUUGUUUUCAAAGCUUCCCAAAAGUUGAACAGAGCAAGGCUGUGCGUUCAAUCCAAAUCUAAAAGAGACCAUCUCGGUAGGGAAUUUAGACAAUGUCCUCACAAUAUCUCAUUGUCACAAAAUUCGACAUAACCAGGAAAACAGGAUCUGCCGUUGUCCAUCCCAUCCAUCUGUCCUGUCUUCAGAGCCGCGCCUCGGGAACAGUUAGCGGUUAUUUAAUGGGUGGGGGUAGUUCACAACAAAAAUAUUUAGCAAAUAGGAUUUUCCUCUGGGUACUGACAGAAAGUGAGAAAGAAACAGGCUUAGCCAAAGAUAACAGAAGCUCAUUUCUCAUGCAGGUGUGUUUUGAUGGCUUUUUGAAGUUCAAAAUGUUCUAUUUUCUAUAUAGUGCCUGUCCUCAAAGAUUAUUUUUUUGUUUAAUGUGAAUGUGUUUUAAUCAAAUCAUUAUUUACAAUUUUUCUGUUGAUUUAGCCACAGUGUUAAAGUUCACACUGUAAUGUAAGCUUAGUUUCAAAAUAUUAAAUGUUUUGUUUUUGAUAAACAGAUUUUUUACACCACUUCACUUGGAAAUUGGUGCAAAAAGUUUGAUAACCGUUGCUCAAGACAUACGUAUACAUCUAAUGUACAAUAUAGCAUAAAAAUUUAAUAAUCAUUUUCAGGACUACCGUAUUUUCCGGACUAUAAGGCACACCGGACUAUAAGGUGCACCUUCAACGAAUAGCCCAUUUUAAAACUUUGUCCUUAUAUAAGGCGCACCGGACUAUAAUGCAUCAUGUCAGAUUUUUAACCCAAAUCAAAUCAUUCUCCAUUUCAUCUUUUUUAUUUAAACUUCAGACGCAACAAAUUACUUUAUAAUCACAAAAUAAUGAUCCAUGGUCUUUUCGAUUCAUGAUUCAUAGUCUUCAGCGGGCCACUUAUGAUUGAUUUCAUGACACAAUGCUUCGGGCCAGUUUAAAUUUAGGAAUUUGGUCCAUAUAUAAGGCACACCGGACUAUAAGGCGCACUGUCGACUUUUGAGAAAAUACUGGGUUUUUAGGUGCGCCUUAUAGUUCGGAAAAUACGGUAUUAUUUUUCCACCAUUGUACAGUUCAAUUGGCAAAGUUUUAACUAUAUUCCCCAACUUUAAUCUCCAUCAAAGCUUUUCCCUGACACGUGAUAAUUACUUGAACCAUAGGCAAGCAGUGGCGGUGGCUUCCGCUCCAGCUAUAAAAGGAUUAGCCAGCUAAAAAUACAGCAUGCUCCUCAUGGGGACACAUUCGGGAUCCCUUUCGCCUCUGGGUGGCCGGGGCACGGAUGCACGUCGGUAAUCUGAAGAGGAUAUCGCUUAUCUGGAGACAAACAGCCUAGAUUGAGAGAGGAGACAGAAGAUGCGCUUGGGACGGCAUGUGGGAGGGCUGUAACACAAUUACACACAAGCACCAAACCUCCUCUGCUACCACUGAGAAAUACCACCACAAUAAAUUGUCCGCAGAAACCAUUUGCUUCCUGUCAGCCUGCACCAUCUGAACCAAAUCUUUAUCCCCCUCGCACCAACAUUUUUUCAUUGAUUUACUCAUGCAUUUUGCUCCUUGAACUUCCAAUGCUCUAAAAGCAUGCAUGUCAUUUUAUUCAAGAGAGCUUAUUUUUGUGAUUGAUAUAUACAUAUGUACAUAUAUAUGCACAUGCAAUGGAAUGUAACCAGUAAUAAAUAACCUAGCUAGAUUAGUUUUAUUCUUAUGUUGGAAUGUAACCUGUAAUAAAUAACCUAGCUUGUCCCAUCCUACACAACGUCGUAAAACUCCCCCUGCUAUGCUUUGACUAGAGGUCAAGGGCUUUCUCUUCUCUAUCCAGUCCACUGUCACCCCCACCCUGUUUCUCUUAAUAAAAAUGCUCUUGCAAGAGGCCAGAGUCAGACCUCAUUCGAUCAUCGCUGUACGCACAGCGAGGAAUGACUCUCCACCUGCAGGUGUCUAAAAGGACUUAAUUGUCUCCCGUGUGGUUCUUGCAAAAUAAGUUAGAGUGAGCACCACUGUAACAAAUAUGGAUUUGUGGAUGAGGACUGAUUUAUUGAAGUAAGCUUUACGUGUUUAUUUUGUGUGUUGUGUGAUAUUAACGUUUGAGCAAUGUUGAGUUAUUGAUAUAUUGUUGUUGUUUUCACUAUUUCGAGUGUUACUAUAUUGUGAUUGCAUUAACGUUUGAGCAACGUUGAGUUAUUUAUUCUAUGCGCCUUAUAAUCCGGUGCGCUUUAUAUGUGGACAAAGUUUUAAAAUGGGUCAUUCAUUGAAGGUGCACCUUAUAAUCCGGUGCACCUUAUAGUGUGGAAAAUACAGUAUACUAUACGCAUAUAUGUACCCCUAGACAUGUAUACAUAUAUACGUGCAUACAUAGUAUAUACAUCUUCACAUAUAUGUGUAUAUGUGAAUGUGUAUAUAAGUAUUUGAUCAAUAUCAGAAGUUUAUAUCAAUACUUUGUUAUAUACCCUUUGUUGGCAAUGUCAGAGGUCAAACUUUUUCUGUAAGUCUUCAUAAGGUUUUCACACAGUGUUGCUGGUAUUUUGGUUCAUUGAUACGAUUUCAAGGAGUGCUGAAGCUUUGUUUGCUUGGAAGUUGUUGGCUUAUUCUGUAUCAAGGCUCUUUAGAGAAUUCUUUUUAUUGAUUUUUUGCGAGCUUGUGGCUUUACUUUGAGAUAUUGGUCUGACGUGUUUAUUGAGGGACAGUUGGAUGAACCUGUUUUUCAAAAUCAAACUUCUAUAAAUCGCUGAUUCAUCCAGGGUUUUUUUUUGUGUUGUCUCUUGAUGGCCCGGAACUAAAUCAGGUAUAAAUCCCACCCCUUGGAUGCAUGUUUUCAGGUGCUGAGUGUGAGACAAUUUCAAUUUGUAAAAGCAUCUCCUCAUGAAUUAAACCUCACUGUCAAGUGGCUUCCAAAGCAUAUAAA